CAGACUGAACCAGUGACAGAGCUCAGAGAACAACAGAGAGAACAACAUGGAUCAAAUUUAUGGCAAUGUCGAACCAUCGGUUUAUCCUGGCGCGUGGAAAAUUGAUAUAUCUGAAAAUAUUUAUAAUAAUGAAGAUGUGAUUCAAACUCUGGAGGCAAACAGGAGUGGAGCUGCUGUCUCAGGUGCUGGAUCAGUAAAGAAGACCUCUUACAGAGUUGUUGCAGUGUUUCUGGGUCUGCUGUGUCUUCUCCUGGCUGGAUUCAUAGCGAUGGCAUUAUUUUUCAUCCAAGGCAAUUCUCAGCUGCAAACGAAGAUGGACCUGUUACAGACCAGUUACAACAACCUGACUAUAGAGAAGGAUCAGUUACAGACCAGUUACAACAACCUGACUAUAGAGAAGAAUCAGUUACAGACCAGUUACGACAAUAUGACCAGAGAGAAAGCUGAACUGCAGAUGACAUUUGAUGACAUGACCAAACAGAGAAAUGAUCUUCAGAAAAUUCUUCAAGGCUGUCAACAACCAUGGGUGUGGUUUGGUUGUAGUUGCUACUACAUUUCUCCAAGCACAAAGUCCUGGCAAGAAAGUAGAAAUGACUGUCAGCAGAGAGGAGCAGACCUGACCAUCAUCAACAGUCCAGAAGAACAGGAAUUUUUAAUACAGUUCAAAAGGUCCACAUGGAUCGGACUGACUGACAGAGAGAGAGAAGGCACAUGGAAAUGGGUGGAUGGGACUCCACUGACCACAAGGUACUGGGCCCCUGGUGAGCCAAAUGGUGUUCCAAACAGAGAUGAAGACUGUGCAGAAAUAACCAUCCACCAAUCACAGGAACCACGAAACAGAUGGAAUGAUCACUCCUGUGACGAUAAAAAAUCGUGGAUCUGCGAGAAGAAACUGACUACAUAAAUCAGCAUCCAGACAGAUAAGUUAAUGAUAGAACAGUCAGGAAGUUCAUCUUCUCAACUGCAAUUGCUAACACAAUCAUUAAUCAUAUAGGGCAUAGACACAUAUUCAUCUUCACUCACUGUUUUUAACACUGAAAAUUGCUAUGCAUUAUUUUUUGGAUUCAUCUGAACUUGGCACAUUAUAACUUUAUUCUUCAUUAGUUUUACGAGGAAAUCUAGAUUCUUCAUUAUCCCGUGAAAUCAGCUACAGGCAGGCUUGACAACAGCAAGCUGUUCAGCUGUCUUUGGGUAGUAGCAGCUGAAGUGUAACAAGAUGUCACAAAAAUAGAUUUCCCUGUUUUUCCCCCCAAAGGUGGUCAGCAGUCAAAGAGGUAAUGGGAAUAGAAUUUAUGUAAAAAUGUAUAAAGAGUGUUGCAGCUAGAACUACUAGAGGGAAGUAGCUAACAUUAGCUAGCAGCUAGUUGAUAUUACAUAGGAAAAAACGAUCUGUUAUUAUUAGCAUCUGUCUGUAAAUCUAACUGUAGUGUGUGAGAAUUGUGUACCUAAAAAUAAUUAGACUUCUUUUAGAGGGGAAAGUAGCUAAAGUUAAUGUUAGGCUAUAACGUCGAACCGUCUUGUUGAUUUUCUUUUUCAUGCAUGAUAGCAGCUAAAUAAAGUAAAACAAUGUAAAUACUGUACAUGACAAGAUGCAUGGUUCAUUAAACAUCUCAGUGUUUACUGUU